AUGGGCUUGAAAUGUCCCGGAGCUCGCACAGAUGCCUUCUUCGUCCACGCAGUCCCAGGCGCUUCGUUGCGUGAUUCAUCUAAUGCUCUCACACUUAUCAAGGUGAAGCAUGAGCCAUCGCCACAAAUCAGCGCCAUCCAUCAUCUCUCACAGCUGCCAGGGCUACAACCGUCUCCAGCCGGUGCCUUUGAUCAGCUCUUCGUCUCCCAUUUCAUCGACGGUUUCUUUGGGUCCGUAAGACCGCCUCUACCUAUACCGGGAGGCAGCUCUAGGAUUUGGUUGCACGAGCUCCCUGAUUUCCUCGCCUCUCCGUCUCCGUCUCCCGUUCAAAGCUCCAUCCGGGCUGCGUCGAUGCUCAGCUACGGCACCGCUGUCGGAGAUGCGUCUAUUAAAACUGAAGCCUGCCGAUGGUACAUGAGGGCGCUGCAGAGCUUGCGAUUGUUAUUGGGGUCAUCCACUCCAGAGACAUCUGUGUGUGCAGCCGUCAUGCUCACCCACUUUGAGACAUUGGCGGGCACUAGUCCCAGGGCAUGGCUCAAGCACAUCAAAGGUGCGGCUUCGUUGCUGGAAGCGCAGGGACCCGAACGCUGCCAAAGCGGAUUUUUGCAUCAGAUAUUCAGCCAUCUGCGGCUUCAGACGUUUGUAGCGUCAAUGGCCGAGAAUGAGCUUCACCCGUUUGCCUCGCCAGAGUGGAUGACAAUUCCGUUCAAGGUCCAUCCAAAACUCAUUUUCGACAAGCUUGUUGACAUUCUCUUUGCUGUUGAGAGAUGCUUGUCAGUUGCAAACCGCCUAAUCGCGUCCACAGCCGACAAAGCACACCAGCUGAAGCACAAACUCGACAUCCUCAUCCAGGAUACCCGGCUACAGAUCCACCAAUGGCGCUUAGAGGGACUUUUGUACACCGUUGGGCAAGAACAACAAGAACGAGAGAGGCCAGCUCCUAUCCUUGAUGCUCAGCCCGACGCAUCUGAUCCACGUCACUUCAUGCUGCCAUAUACCGACAUUCCAUCAGCGGCAUUAGUCACGCUCUACGAUACAGCCAACAUCAUCGUGCUGCGUCUAUUGUGCCUUGUUUCCCCUACAGCAGCUUCAUAUAACUCACGAAUCCAGCAUCAUACGGAGUCAAUCCUAUCCGCACACGGAAUGACGAAUGCAACACCUAGCGCCGUACUGGGCCGCAGUUCCAUCAUGAUAGUCCAGCAGUUGAAGACCGUUGCCUUAUGGGGUCCCUCUCCGCGGCAAAGGAAAUUGGCUGUCGAGAUACUCGAGGGACAAACCAGUCAAAACAGAGGCUUUGCCGACAUAUCUGCGCCAUCUCACGAAUAUUUUGCCGAUGUGGCGGCUCAUAUUCUCGACCAUUACUCCGUCGAAUGA